CCCCGGGGGCGGCGAGGCGAUUGUCCUCCGCCUUCUCUCGCCGCGGGGAGGCUCCGCUCCUCCUCCUCCUGCUCCCGGGAGAGUCGCGCGGCCGUGCCUCCUGGAGGGACCCUGGGCUGCGGCGGGAGCCGCGGGCCCGGCUGCUCCCCGGGGCUCAGGGCUCGGGGCAGCCCUGCCCCCGCCUUCUUUUGUUGCCGCCUCGCUCCCCGCAGCGCUCGGGUGGGACCGGGCUGGAGCUGGCCCCGCACCCGGGGCUGUGCCCGCACCCAUCCCUCCGAAACGCGCACCCCGCCGGGGAGGGGCUUUUGUGCCGCUCGUGGCCGUGGCUGGUUCAGAGGAAGGGGAAUUUCAGCCUGACGAGUCUGUGGAUUCAUUAGCCUGAGUCCACAGCUGCCCCUCCUCUUUGCUUCGUUAAAUGGUCCUUUUAGGUGGUAUUGGUUCCCUUCCCUGCGUGCCUUUUCGUUUGCGCAAACAGUGGGGUUCUUGCAGGAGGGGCUGUCUUUGGGCAUGUGUUGGCCAGCACUCAUCCUCUCUUUGUACAAAUCCUGAAGUUGUGCCAAGUCAACGUAGCCAUCUGUUGGGAAUCACAUACGAAGUUUUCUAGAAAUCCCCAGGCUUUAGUAUCAUCCAAAGAUAACUCAGACUCUCGAAUUUUGUUUUAAAAAACUUAGAAGUAACAGGUUCUCCUAAUUUAAACUUUGGGUUUUUAUUCAAGCAUAAACCCUGAAAGUUAGGGGGGGGGGGAAGGACUAUCAAGACAUCGUAUUUAAAAAAAUCAUGAUUUUCCUAAAGAAUAAUUCUUAGACUGUUGAUGCUAGCAGCAAUCCUUAGGUCCUGGUGAAUGCAAGGAUGUUUUUUUUUUUUGCUUCCCUGUUUAUUUUGGGGGGGGGGUUGGUUAAUUUUUUUUUGUUAGUCUAGCAUUUAGACAAUAAGGUGUGAACAAAGGAGACAGAAAAGACAGAGGCAGAAUGUGGAUGCCUCUGCCAUUAAGUAUGUCAAAGGUAUUCAGUAUGUGUGUGUUCUGCAUGUUUAGGGAGUUUCGAGCUUAGUUUUACAAUACUUGUUUCAUUUCAACCCUGACAAAAAGUUUGUGUUUCUUUAGUCCAGCGAUGAAAACCUUCUUGACACUGGGUUACUUCUGGCCUGACAGGACUCUGAAACUUUUAGUUCCAUGUUACCAUCUUUUCUGGAAGACCUUUGAGAUCUUUGCUACCAUACAAUCAGAUUUUUUUUUUUUUUAUUGUCAGCGCUCUGCAUUUCUACACGAACUGUAAAGAUAGGCAGUUUGCAUUUUCAGUUUCCCUCCCCCCCCGCCCCAGCUUCUUGUGCUCUUCCUCACAGAGGGGGAGAGCACAGAAAACUGAAAAGUCUUUGACUUAACUAAGAACUACUUAGCAACAACCAGCACAUCAGUGUGUUAGCAACAACCAUCGCAUCAGCGUGUUAUCGGCAUUAUUGUCACAGUAAAUCCAAAACACAGCACUGUCCUGGCUACUAGGAAGAAAAUUAACACUAUCCCAGCUGAAACCAGGACAGUGCUGUAUGUCAUGUUUUUGUAAAUCAAGCUUUUCAAAGUGGUGGUAAGGUAGCUGUCUAGAAUGUGUACAAGUCCUAGAUUAUUGCCAUUCCUGUUUCUUAUGUACUUUGAGCGUGUAACAGUUCAUUUUUCUGCAUUAAAGAGUAAUAUGCUGGAGAUCAUCUAGCCAUGUCAGAAAACUGAAUAUCCCAAACCUCAGGUUUAGUUAGAUAAUAAGGCUUUUUAGUUAAUAUAUCAGAAAAGUACAGUGCCAUAGUGGAUUUGAGCCAUUCCUGGGAAUAAGUACACUGUUAAAACAAUUCACUAACACCCAUUUAUAUUAAUAAGAUGGGAAUCGUCCUUAAUGAGGUGAUGUGCUUUUAAAAAGGGAAGGAUUAGAAAAGGCAAGAUGUCCUUAGCUAUUGGAAGUUAGUAGUUAUGGGUUUUGAAACAGAUAGAUUUGGUUGAUGCUUCACUGGGAAAUUCAGGGCUUGUAUCAGACCUGUUCAAGCAAAAGUUAAAAAAAGCCUAAAAUAAAACUUUACCUAAUGAAGGAGUUGGAUGCCAGUAGUUUCCAAGUUAGUAUUGUAGUUCUUAAAGGGCAUGUCCUUGGCUUAGAGCAUAAAAUCCAAAACCAAGAUUAGACACUUCACAAAGAGUGGCUAGGGAAAUCAGUCAGAUGGUAGGAAGCACUGGCACAAGGAGCAGUGAGGCUGACCCACAGGGUAACCUGACAUUUGCGUGUUUUAACUCUGAACCUUCUCUGGGGCUAAGGAGAAAGCUUGGCUGUCUGUGUGUUCUGUGUUCAUGUAGAACUGUGUUUAGAAGAUGAUGAAAAUUUGAUUUGAAAACCCAGGUUGGUUUUUUGUUGUGUUUUUUUUUUUCCCUUUGUUUGUGCCCAUAUUGUCCUACUGUGCUAGCUUUGAGAAAUUUAGGGAGGGCCAGGGUAACUAGAGAUGCCAUAUGAGUCUAAAAUCUUGUGGUUCCCUGUUACUGGGAAUGACCAGAACCUUGUUCAUGUAGCUGGGGCUAAGUAAAGGACUUAGCUAGUGUAUACCUUGACAUGAAAAGUCUUCUGUUUAAGUAUCUUAAGAGAAAAGUAUCUACUGGUACUUUCAAGAGUUUGAUGUACUCAACUGGGGAGUACUUAGGAAAGUUUGACCCAUUUUCCCAUAGUUAGCAAGGUACUUGAGUGUUCCCUUAAGUUCUACUUAAAACCAAACCUGAAGUUCUACUGAUUUCAGUGGAGAUAAGUGUGACCUUAUAAACAGAGAUUUCAUGUCUUGGUAGUGACAAGUCAGAAAUACUGUAAUUCUUGUGAAAGUUAUGUUGUACCUGAGAACUCUAUGUAAUUCUUUUUACCUGGAAGACCAACUCAGGAUGGAUACCUCUGUAUCUUUCACACACACUCCCCACCUUGAAAACAGGAAGCCUGACAAAUAGAAAAAUACUACAAAGUGAAGAGAAAAUUCACUUCACGAGAACUGAGCUCUGCUUUCAUUGGCUUCUAAAUUUAUUUAUAUUAGUAGCUGACUAGUGUCAGAUCAUCUCUGUAGUCUACUGUGGUGAAAUUAUUAGGUUAAAGCUGGAAAAGAUGAAACAAUUAAAAAGAAAAAGAAAAAGCAAUUUUAGUGUUCAGGAAACUCAAACUCUCCUUAAGGAAAUCAGAAAAAGGAGAGAAGUACUCUUUUCAAAGCAACUUAAUACAACAAUUAAUGAGAUGAAACGGAAAGCUUGGGAGGAAAUAGCAGAGUGUGUCAAUGCUGUAGGUGAAGGAGAGCAAAGAACAGGGACAGAAGUGAAAAGGCGAUACCUUGACUGGAGAGCACUCAUGAAGAGAAAACGUCUGAAUGCAAACAUCAAAGUAGUAGGUGCUGGGUUUCACCUUCCUUCAUCCAAUUUAGAUGACUCUCUCAAUGAAGACAUGGAUGAGAAAAUGGGAUUUUCAAUUGAAUCUAGUUUUGAAUGGCAAAAUAUCACUGACUUCAGAGAAGCCGGAGGAUCUUUAACAGAAAUCAAAGUAGAAGAGGAAGAGGAGGAUCCACAGAAUUUUGAAUUUCCUAUUGAGGAAGAAGAAGAAAUAUUGUCAUCAGUUUUGCCGGAUUCGAAAAAGGAAAAUGACCUACCAGACUUCCCCCACAUUGAAGAGUUUGGAAAUCUAAGCUCUGCUCAAGCUAGGCUAGCCUAUGAAGAUUCUCACUUGCUUAUAAAUCUGGAGAAGCAGAAGCUGGAUCUGGAGAAACAGCGACUAGACAUUGAAGCAGAAAGGCUGCAAGUGGAGAAGGAGCGCCUGCAAAUUGAAAAGGAACGGUUGCGGCACGUUGACCUGGAGCGCGAGAGGCUUCAGGUUGAGAAGGAGCGACUUCAGAUUGAAUGGGAGAAACUCAGGCUGGAGACUCUGCAAUCCGAAAAACCUGCCCUGGAAAAUGACCUCACCCAAACAGAAAAACCCAUCAUGCAGCCUCUGGAUCUAGAAACUGAAAAGUUAAAACUUGAAAAAGAACGUUUGCAGUUAGAGAAAGAGAGGCUGCAGUUUCUAAAGUUCGAGUCAGAGAAGCUGCAGAUUGAGAAGGAACGCUUGCAAGUGGAGAAGGAGCGCCUUCGAAUUCAGAGAGAGGGUCACUUGCAGUGAACUUCUCAACUAAAGUGUCAACAUUAGUGUUUUGAUGUUUCUAAAAUAGAAGUAGUUCUUUUCGUAAUACUGAAACUGUCCUAGAGGAUAAACAUUUUUCUGUUCAGAGUUGAACAUUAUGUUAAACUGAAAAAAAAUGGUGCUCAAUAUGUCAGUGUGCCUACAUAAGUGAGCUUAUAUGUGAAAUUACUUUUCAGUGUAUCAGAACUAAGUGUUAUGUUCUCGUCUUCAGUAUUGUGCUGUAUUAGUUUGGUAUCCUCCUCUUAUAGACAUGUUGGGAAGAAUCAAGGCUGAACCUUAUGCUGUUUUUCACUGUAGUAACAGUAAGGAAGGAUCAGAAUAAAUCAACAUAUGUUGUGAGGACAUGGUGCUGACAAUUGCCCAUACGGUAACAAAGUAUAAUUUAGGCAGAACACAGUAAUAGAGAGUCAUGAUGAGAUUGAUUCAUUAGUUUUCCCUUUUUUGUUUUGUUUUUUUUCCCACUCCCACAAUUGCAGAAAGAGUUGAAGAGUUUUAUAGAAGUUAAAGUGCAAGUUAAAUUUGUUGCAGUUGUUUUUACUGUUGUUCCAUGGCUUGAACUGAAUGAGAGUGCAGAAAAUAAUAUAGUUUCUUUUGCAUUAAGUAUUCAUACUAGAUAAAGUUACACAUCAACCAUAGCUACUGUAAGCUAGACUUUUGGUUGCACCAGAUCCUUAAUAAUGCUGUAUGGAAUAUAGCACAGGGAUUUGCUCUCUGGUGAGUCUGUGAUGACCCCCUGAAGGAAAUUUCUAGACGUGGUUUGUUUGUUGAAAGACAGUAGCUGGUGAUGGGAGUUUCAGGAGUGGAGACACAGAGGCUGAGCGGAGACUAAGGAACACUGAGCUUGAACACGAACAUGCCUGUUGCUCGUUCUGCCUGGCCAGCACUGGGGUCAUGUCUGCAAGGCAGCCAGAAGAGGCUUCUAUGACAUCAUAUGGUAUAUUUUAACUAGACAAACAGAAAUAGUCCAUGCUGGAGGCUGUCGAUAUUUUUCAUAAGCAAUGUAUUCAUUUAACAAAAAAAACCAAGGAAGGAAGCUUUCAUUAUUUUGUAUAUGUUUAAAUCCCAACUGAGCCACAUUUCACAUUUCUCAUUUUUCUGCAAGUAGCUAUCUUUUGUUGACUUCAUUUGAAACUUAGGACUAUGAGAAUGCUAAGUCUAAGUAUAUGUUGAGUGACUUACGUGAAUUCUUGUGCAAGUAAAUAUAUUUAUACCACUACAGGUUUACUUUUAUUCUGCAAAGAAAAUGUUAUUUUUUUAUUACUGAAACAAGUAUGCUUCUACAGUGGAAAUAAAUUUGACUACUACACUCCAAAA